AUGGCGGGUACAAGGCGGUCAUCGUAUCCCCCAGCCCAAGGCUCUACAUUGGACGCUUUCUUCACUGAGGACACUACAGCCUCUCCGGAAAUUGCACGCGAAUCGCCGGAUGCCCGCCGCACUCCCUCCCCGCAGCCUUCCGAGGACGGUAUCUUUACGAAAAGCUACUACGAGGGCCUCGCUGAACGCUGGGGAGUCACAGUAGCCGAGUUCAAUUAUCAGGAAGACAGACCACGGUUUUGGCUGCGCAACUUAGAUCGCACUGGCCUUGACCACGAUGAGAGGCUCUCGCCAUGGGCGCUGGCGUAUUACGAUAAAUACCCCAACGAGAUGAACGACGAACGGACGCGCAACCAUUACGAGCGUGGUACAGGAAAGCCGAGGGUGAAGACGUUCGUGGACAUGAAGGGAGUGACGCCACUUGUGAGAGACAACGACGGAAACUUUAAGCCGGCUACCCAGUGGCAAGAGGUGCCAGAUGAGCCUACAGUCGACCUCGGUGGUCCGUCACACUGGUAUACCAGAACACCAAAGCCGCGGAGUAAUUGGCUUGAGACGCUCAAUCGAACACCCAACACGACAGGGCCACAACGUCCUCAGCCUCCUGCACGCCCUGAUCGCAAGGUCCACCGUCUUCCGACCCUGCAUGACCACCAGUACCAACCUGUCAGGUAUCCCCCGAGCAGCAGCUCUGAACCGGAAACCGGACUUCCUGGGGUUGACGAGGGCUCCGCAGCGCCAAAGGGCGCUGGAGACGCCAACUUCUCACCAGCCGCGGAGGAUGCAUGGCCGAUGGAAGUUGACGACGAUUUCGCUGAAGGAUUCGAGGAGCGCCUUGUAGAUGUUGACGGAGACGAUUUCGGAGAUGAUCUGCAAGACGACCUUGAAGACGAAGGCAGCGACGAUCUCCAUAUCGAACCUCAAAACGUUCUCGAGGAUGACUAUGAGGACGGUGUUCAGGACAAUGCUGAAGGCGAUGUUGAAGACAGUAUCGAAGACGCUCCCCAAGCCAGCGCCAAAGACGAUCCUAUCCAUGAUCUCGAAGACAUCUCCGUGCUGAGCGACAUGUCAGCGCCUGACGAAGACCUCGCGCUACAAAUGUAUCGCGAAGACCUCGAAAAGAUCCAUUCGCAUCUGAUCAAGGAGACCAGAGACAGUCUUUGGCGUUCUCUUCCCUUCGACACCAGAGAAGAAUACGAGACAGCGCUUCCACUUUACAACAAAGGGCUACCGAAACUUGGCAACAAAGAAGCUGAGGUGGUGAGUCUAGAGGAUGCGAUGAAGGCACGAAGGGACUAUGACGAGUAUCUCCGCGAGAAUAUGCCGAAACCCGCAGACAGAAACAAGGAGCCUGAGCCGUCGACGGUACGUAGACAGCCGAGGCGGUCCACCAGGAACAAGUAG